AUGUUGGGUGCUUCAUUAAGACGAUUUAAAAAUAAUAGCAUACAUCCUUACCCAAAUCAUCAGGGUGAGCAAGAUAACAAGCAGAGAAAGCUGACAGUUGCUAUUUCCUCUUCAUCUCAGCAAAUCGCCAGUUACUUACAGAGAAAAGUAUCUUUUAUACACACAAAGAAACUUUUACAACACUUUCGAGAGUCCGAUCUAAAAGUGAAGCGACAGCCAUCGUUUUCAACAACUAGUACCGUGUUAUUUGAUUCUGAUGAGCACCUACCUUCUUCCAAGAAGCCUCUCCCACCAUCACCUAAAAAAUCACAGACCAUGACAGGUUUUACAGAGUUUAAACCACAUGACGUCUGCGCUCAUGAUGCAUCGCAUCUGCCAUCUGAGGACUCCAUCUCGUUUUCUGGCAACAGUAUUGAACAGAUAAGCAUAUCAACUAUCAGAGGAGGUCUGACACGAGCUAGUACCUGGGUUGGUAGAUCGCUCAAGAGCCUUUUGAAGCCUGUGUCAAAUGAACAGAUAUCCUUUAAUGAACAAUCAUCAUUAUUUGAAUUCCAAGACAGCUAUCCACGAGCACUGGAUUUAGGAAACUGUGAUAAAAGACUAAAGCUUCAUUGCAAAAUCUUGCAAAUCACAAAUUUCUCAUCAUCUAAAACCUAUCUUUACACCCUUAACAUGCAUGUGACAAAUAAUGAAUCUCAAUCUUAUUCUGGUGUUAUGAAGAGAAUAGGUCGAGGUGUUAGCACGUCAAGCCCCCAUGCUACACUUUCGUUCACAGUUCAGGGACAAUUUGCACUAGAAUGUGAUUUAAAUAUUGAAGUGACAAACUCGCCAAGUAUCGUAAGUCGUCUCAAGAAGAUUGGCAAGAAUAACUCUGUGGAUAUCGUUCAUGAAGAGGAGGAAUUUAACAAUGUUGUUACUGCUCACCUUCAACUUGAUUCUGGUGACGAUCCCUUGUAUAGCUUUGCAAAUCAGGGAAUAGGUCGAUAUGCCAUUCACACGUCUCCAUUACAAAACCCUUCGUUGGCUCUCGAGUUGACUAUCUCAUUCUGGUUGGAAGAGUAUAAUCAUUGCCCGCUGGAGGCAGAAAUGCAGAUCGAUCAUGAUGUCUUGAUAUUUUGUCAAGGUGGUGACUACUUGACAUUCUAUGUUAAAGGCGAGUCUUAUCCGAAGUGGAUUCGUUAUUGGGUGACCUAUGAGAAGCAGGAGCUGGUUUUGCGAUUGAAUGAAAGGCGAGAAGAACCUAUUGAGCGUAUCUCGCUCGAUCGUUUAGUACAAGUAAACACGUAUCCCACAAAUGACAUUCAAGAAGACAUUUAUCUAGGAAAAAAACACAUCAUCAUAUUGUCAUUUGGUCAAGCUGAUGAGAUGUAUCUGUUUGCUGAUAGCUCAAAAAGCGUUAGAUACUGGAAAUGUUUAUUGGAGUCCAUGACGUCAGGCGGAAGCGACAAUGAGCAACAGCAUAUCAACAAAAGAUAUAUUUGGUCAUCAUAA